GCUUUUCAAUUUGGAAGAAUGACUCUAUGAAUCGGAACUUCCACUUAUUGACUAUUACAAGUUAUUCAGUAAAAGCAGGCUCAAGUUUACAUUCAGAGUAUUUAUCACUUAAGCAGCUUUUGCAAAUUUUGAGCAUUCAACCUUAAAGAUGACGGCAUGCCUAUCAAUGCCUCGCCUUUAUGCAAUUGCCCCUAUCUAUGUUUUGUCACAAAUACCAAGACUUAAGGAGUGUAUGAAAGAAUUUGCAUUACCAGGAAUGCAAGUCAAAUCUGUUGAUUUACCUAUGGAAUUCAAUAAGAAUGUACAACUGACUGAGGAGCAGUUAAAGGAGGUAGAACUGGCUGAAAUAGUUGUGUGUGACAAAUUCAUACUUGCAAACACCUACAAGCAUUUGCCAAAUUUGAAAUGGGCUCAUUGCACAUGGGCUGGUCUUGAAGAUCUAUUUGAUGCAAUUCCUGAACAGCCUAAAUUUAUGAUUACCAGACAUGCUGGAGAAGCAUUUAGUGCUAUUAUGGCUGAAUAUGUGAUGUGUCAGAUUCUAAAUCAUGAGCGAAGUAACAAAACUCACUGGAAGAAUCAAGAAGCCAAAACAUGGCAAAGAGUGGACAGAUUCGAGACUUACCGUUCCCUCGAUGAAUUGACAGUCGGAAUUCUAGGUGUGGGAAGCAUGGGAACUGGAGUUGCCAUGUUUCUAGAACCUCGUGGGACUACUUUGCUUGGAUUUUGCAGAACACAACGUGCCUCAUUUGAUCACUAUUUUAAAAGUAUAUCAAUCCAUCUAGAGGAAAUACUUCCACACUGUGAUUAUAUUAUUAAUACUCUCCCAAGUACUCCUUCUACCAAAGGGAUUCUAAAUAAGUGUAUGCUUAAACACUGCUCUAAGAAACCAGUUUUCAUCAAUGUUGGUAGAGGAGAUGUGAUAUCUGAAUAUGAAUUGGUACAUGCUCUUAGCAAUGAAUGGAUUUCUGCAGCAGUGCUAGAUGUAUUUGAAGAAGAACCAUUACCAGAGUCUAGUCAAUUAUGGAAAAUACCCCAGGUUACAAUUACUCCUCAUGUUGCUGCAGUAUCUAAGCCGGAACAUGUAGCAAAAGAAUUCUUCAAAAAAGUUAAAGAUUACAUUGAUGGUGAUGAAAUAAAAAAUACUGUGAACUGGAAUCUUAGAUACUAAUUUGAUUUCAGCAGGUUGAGCUAAAUUUAUUUAGUGGUUUUUGUAGUUAUUAUUUAGUUUGUUUUCGAUUUGCAAAAUUGUUUUAUCUUUGAAUUAGCUUAGUAAUUUGUUUGUAAACAAAUUUUUCCAGAUUUUCACUAUAAUUUUUCUUGUGUACCUUUCCUGUAAUGCUCAUUUGGAACAGUAUUUUACAUAAUAUUUUAGGUAUUUUUAGCUCAAUAAAUGUGCCUCAUUAAGUUUUAUGAUUGCUUUUUAUAUGUGCCUUGAUUUUUGUACUGCAAAAUGCUAUUCAAGCUACAAAAGUAUGCCUUUGAUUAUAAACUUAUAUCUUAUAUUGUCUAUAAAAGUAUUAUUGUAAAACUAAUUUUAGUUACAAAUGCUAAUUUGUCUAUCGUAAAAUAUACUACUAAUAUAGUAUAUGUGUAAAUUACAUAUGCCUUCCAUUUUAUGUUUUCAUUUGCCCACAUGAUAGUGCUUCCGUAAUGCCCAAUUUGAAUAUAAACAUAUACCAAUUAAAUAAACUCAAAAGAGUUUGGUACCAAUUUACUUAGUCAGUUAAAUAUUUCAUCAGUAGAAUUGUGUGAAGUAAUUUUGUUCUUAUAGUGUUUCAUUGCUUAGUUUUCACCCCCUCCCCCCAAUACAUUCAAUGUUAGUAAAAAGUGCUGUUUUUAAUAUACUAGAAAUGCAUCAAAUGUGGUUAAAAAAAAUUAAACACAAUGUGAUAUCAUUGAAAUUUAAUAUUAUUACCUUUUUCUUCACAUUCCUUCUACAAUACUUAGAUUUUGCAGUUCAGUCAAUGGUGUAUGACUUAUGUGAAUAAGCAAGACAGUCAAUAAGUAUUGUUCACAUGAAUAAUAAGUGACUAUUUUAUGAGCAAAAUAGUUUUUUCUCCUCACAUUUUAUUGUUGCAUUUUAAUAUUGUACUUAUUUUACACUAUUUUAUUUUUUGCUCAUGACUAAUUAUUUAAUUCUAAUUUAUGUGUGAAACAUGAAGUGGAACUAAAUGUAUAAUUUAACAAUGUGUUAACAUUUUAUACAAACUGUAUAACAUGCAAUAUGAAUUCAUAUGAUAUACGAGUAAUUAAAUAAUUAUUUGUUUCAUGUCCAUUUAGUUUUGCAUAACAGCCAAUAACUAUUGUUUGGCUUAUAAUGAGAAUAGACAAUUAUUUUGUUAAUGUAAAAUUUGCAUGUCUCAUUCUAUUUUACAUUAUAUGUAACACGCAUUACACAAACUUAUUGAUUGUACGAAUUUUUCUGUUGGAAAUAAUUUAUAUAAACAAUAAUUUAUAAAAUCAGUGCAACAAUAUUUUUAAUUUUAUUUAAUGAACUGAAAUUAAAGAACUAUUUAAGUGUAAUAUUCUACCAAUGUUUUUUUUAGAAAUUGGGUAUCGUAAAUCCAUUUGACAUACAAACAAACCACUUGGUUUCUGAAUUAUAUUCUGUAAGCAACUCUUGGCAACUGUCUUACUGAAAACAAUACUAAAUAUUGAAAUCCUUUUGGUUGAAAUAACGCACUGUUGGCCAAAUUUCAGAUAUCUUUAAAAGUUUUACCAUGCAAUUUUUGAAUAAACUAAUAAAUAAAAUAUUGCAUAUGUAUUUCUUACAGGAGGGAGGGGGGAGCCCAAUGGGAUAAAUUCAAAAGAGUUUAGUAUCAAUUUAGUAAGUCUGUUAAAUUAUUCCUGGGAAGAAUUGUUGUGAAGUAAUUUUGCUUCUACAGUGUUUCAUUGUUUUGUUUCCAUCCCCGCUCUCCCAUGCAGAUACAUUCAGUGAUAUGAAAAAGUGCUGUUUCUAAUAUAAAAGAAAUAACAUUAAAUGUGGUGAAAAAAUUGAAAUAUAAUUUGUUAUUAAUGAACUUUAAUAUUGUUAUCUUUUGCAGUUCAGACAAUGUUGUAUGACUUGGGUGAAUAAUCAGGACAGUCAAUAUAAAUUGUUCAUAUGACUAAUAAGUGACAAUUUAAAAAAAGAAUUCUUUGCCCAUCAUAUUUUAUUGUUACAUUUUAAUAUUGCUUAUAUUUUACUUUCAGUUUACACAUAAAUAAUACUAAAAUUUUAUUUUAUGUGUUAAAUAUGAAAUGGAACGAAAUAUGUAAUUGUGUUAACACUUUAUGCAAGCAGUAUAAUGUGCAAUAUUAAUGCAUAUGAUUAUGCAAAAUUAUAAUUAAUUUUAUGUCUCUUGAAAUUUUGCAUAACAGCCAAUAAUUAUUGUAUAACUUAUAAUGAUAAUAGACAAAUAUUUUGUUAAAUUUGCAUGAUUCAUUAUAUUUUACAUUAUAUGUAACAAGCAUUAUAUGAGCUUAUUGAUUGUAUGAGUUUUCCCAUCAGUAAAUAAUUUAUGUGAACAAUAAUGCAGAAAAACAACAUUGCAAUAGUACUUUUAUUUUUACUUAAUAAACUGAAAUUAAAGAACUAUUUAAACAUAA